AUGGACGAGCCCAAGGUCGUUCGCACGGGCGUGCUGUACAAGAAAGGGAAAAAGGUUGGCGUGUUUGGCCGAGACAACUGGAAGCCGCGCUUCUGCGUCCUCACGUGGUCCAAGCUCCAGUACUUCACAUGCGAAGGAGGCAUUCUAAAAGGCGAACUUGACUUGACUCGAUGCGGCCGAGGAGCUAUUGCCGUCAUGCCCAACGACUGCAUGAAGACUGGACGAUCCGCGUCGUCCAUUUGGCGGGUGGCCAUCACAACUCCGCACCGCCGCUUCUUGAUCGCCGCGCCAACAGAGUUUGACAUGCGUGAUUGGAUUCGAGACCUUGUCAAGGUCACUAUGCGACACGACGUUCCCAUUCUCGGCGCGUCCUCGCCAUCCAACACAGAGGCCGAAGUGUACCGAACACAUCCCUUUGCACGUCCGAUGCUGCUCGAUUCGCUCGACGUCCUAGCCAAGACAAACCGCCGCAACAUCACGCUAGUCCCAGGGCAGCUACAGCUGCGCCGGGGCCUGCGUAUGGCCCAGCAUCACGAACGCGACAGAGCUGCCGCCGACAUUAUUUAGCAUCUAUGUACCAAACUUACGAUUCACUUGCAUUCGUGACAGCGUCCUGCCGAUGGAGGACAGUCUGGUCAGCAACAACGUCGCGAAGUGUCCUAUUCGCUACCGUAGGCAGUUAGAGUACCGACGAACACACGAUUCGAUUAUCGCGCGACAGCGUAACAAAAUCUCAUCUUGACGAAGUGGCCAGCGCAUUCCUCCAGCAAGCGGCGAACACAGUCGUUUGACAUGCACGUUCAUAAAUAUCCUAUUAAGUCGAGGCAGUCUUGCUCGUGAGAAUGCGCUUAUGCCACCGGCACUGUAAGUCCGUCGCAGCUAAACCGGUCCCUCUGCUGCUGGGCAAUCACUCUUCGCCGAAGGUGGACCCUGGCCGGCAUGAGAGUGAACCGACGAGGGUUGGCGCGCGCCAACAGGUCCACCGAGUCCAUCAACGAUGGCCUCACAAAGCUAGUAGGUAGAUUGACGUCCGACGGCCGCACGACAUCGCUUGCCUUCCCUUCCGACCGCUCGAGACGAGAUAUGACGUCCAUAAGGUCCUCAAGCCAUUCGUUCAUUUCGUACUCGGACACGGCUGCAAUGAAGAGUCGGCGCGCAGGAGUCGACACGGAAAUGCGCCAAAUCGACGAUGCAGAGUGUCCUGUUUUCUUGCAAUCCUCUGGCAUAACUUGAAUGUCUUUCGAAGUACAUUGGCGCAAGUCGAUUUCGCCCUUGAGCUCGCCGCCCUCGUGCAGGUAGUACGACAGCUUGUUCCAGGUGAGGGUGAAGUACCGCGGCUUCCAAUUCCGUCGACCAAAGAAUCCAGUCUUCGAGCCCUUCUUGUACAAAAUUCCCGUGCGUACAACGUUGUCUUCUGUCAUGGUAGAGGCCGAGGACGGACACGUCGACGGCGCGGGGGCUGCGGCUUCGAUCAGAGACGUCAUGGUGUGGCGGUGGUGGAGAAUCUCGAAGUGGACGGGUUCCUCAUCGCGGC